GUCAGGUUAGGUACGUUUCCUGUGUGCUCCCAACCGGCGGCGGCGAGAGCAAUGAUGAAGGCGCAGGAAGGAGCGGGCUCUCUCCUGCUGUUUAUCACCCCCUUGUUACUUCCACAGACCUUCGCCUCUGAGCUGUCAGUGGUGACCUGCGGCUCGGUGGUCAAGCUGCUCAACACUAAGCACAACGUCCGCCUGCACUCACAUGACGUCAGAUACGGCUCCGGCAGUGGUCAGCAGUCAGUGACUGGAGUCACUGCUGCAGAUGAUGGCAAUAGUUACUGGAAAGUCCGUGGAAAAACCUCCACCGUGUGCGGGAGGGGAACACUAAUAAAAUGCGGACAGUCUAUCCGUUUUACACAUGUCAGUACUGGACGCAACCUCCACAGCCAUCACUUCACCUCUCCGUUAUCAGGAAACCAGGAAGUUAGUGCAUUUGGAGAUGAUGGGGAAGGAGACAUCCUAGAUGACUGGACUGUCGUUUGCAAUGGAGAAUACUGGCAGCGAGAUGAAGAGGUGCGGUUCAAACAUGUGUCAACCAACGUAUUGUUGUCUAUCACAGGGGAACAGUAUGGGCGUCCUAUAAAUGGGCAGAGAGAAGUGCACGGCAUGACGUACGCAAGUCAGCACAACUACUGGAAAGUAAUGGAAGGCAUCUUCAUGAAACCGAGUGAGCCUCCAAGGACUGACUACAUGCACUCUGAGUUAUGACAGCCGCAACUUAGACUUUAUAAAGUCCUCCAGUCUUCUUUCUUAACCGCACAGUGUUGAGUUCGGCAAGGAUUUCUCAGAAAACCUGUAAAGCUCAGAGAUUUUAGCAAUGAAUUCAGGGGCACGGUUUGAAUGGUGCAUCCCUAUGUCGGUAUUAUUCUUAUCAUUUGAUAUUUUAAUGUUAAGGGAGCAUGGGGCCAUGCUGUUUGAUAGUAUGGCCAUGCAUCAGCAGAACAAAUCCUUCUUCCUAUUCUUGGCAACAAGUGGUUUAAAAUACAAAGGGUUCAAAUAAUAAUUCUAUUUGUUAAUGUCAAUUCGAGAACAUUUGUGUAUGCCUUACCAACUCCUGUAUUCCGUUUUUACUGACAGACACCUUUAACAUAUGGCAAAA